AUGUGUCAUAAGGAGCCAUCAGCUGUUGUCCAUUUUGAGACUAUGCUUGCAUAUCAAGGCGAUGACUUGGUCUGUGAUAUUCGGGUACUACAUAGAGUAUUUUGGAGUUAUUACCCCUGCAUCAGGGCAUUCAGACAUUGUAAGCCAAUUGUCCAGGUGGAUGAGACUCACUUGUACGGAAAGUAUAAGGGUUGUCUACUAGUCGCAGUUUCACAGGAUGGCAACAAUAAUAUCGUUCCAAUUGCAUUUGCUAUUGUCGAGGGAGAGACUUCUGAUGCAUGGCACUUUUUCCUUAGUAACAUGCGUCAACAUGUUGUCACUCGUGAUGGUGUGGGACUAAUAUCCGACCGACACGAAUCCAUCAAUGCAGCUGUGGAUCGCAGUAACGGAGCUUGGUCACCUCCUAAUAUAGUUUUUCAUAUGUUUUGCAUCAGGCAUAUAGAGUCAAAUUUUCUGAGAAAGUUCAAGGCAUCGUACCUGCAAAAAUUGGUCGUCAACAUUGGUAACCUUUUAGUAAAUUUCACUAAGUUAUUAACAGAGUUACCUUCAAAAGUUGUUUUGACAUAUGGUUUUGUCCUUUUUAUAUGUUGUUAUCGUCCAAGAUAUUCGAGGACGGUGCGGGAGUAUGAAGUGUGUUACCAGCAUUUACGGGAAUGGGGCGAGGCCUAUACAAAGUGGUUAAACCGAAUUCCUCGCAAUCAGUACGCAUUGGCAUUUGAUGGUAGCUACAAAUGGGGUCACAUGACGACGAAUCUAGUGGAAUGCAUCAAUUCAGUAUUGAAGGGUGCACGUAAUCUCCCCAUUACUGCUCUUGUGAAGACUAUAUUCUACAGGCUUAAUGAGUUGUUCACCCGAAAAGGAGCGGAGGCAGAAGCCGGAAUUAAUGCUGGCCAUGUGUUUUCUGAUGUCAUGACGUCGAAGUUGCAUGCAAACCAACUUGCAUCGGGAAACAUUCAGGUUAGUUGCUUUGACCGGCAAAAUGAGGUCUUUGAGGUGCGUGAGAUGCCAAGUGGACUGGAAUUCGCAGUCGACUUACGAGGCCUUCGGUGUGACUGUGGUGAGUUCCAAGUGGACCGUAUUCCCUGUAGACAUGUGUUCGCAUGUUGUGCCAACCAGCGACUGGAUUGGCAAGUGUAUGUGCAUGAUGUGUACAGGAUGGAACAAGUUAGGCGGGUGUACCGAGCAAGGUUUAGGACACUAAGUAAUCCUACAACAUGGCCUGCUUACAGGACCUCGGUUCGUACCAAAUCCGUACCUGAGACGCGUCACGAAAGGUCACCCCAGGAUGACGCGCUUCUUGAAUGA